AUGUCUCGUCUCUUUGGUGCUCUUCUUCUUUGCUGCUUUUUGCCGGCUGUGGUGCCUCUGUUCUGUUACAAGUGUGUGGUUCCUGCUGUGUCACCUAUACCUCGGGACUGUAUCAGUAUCCCUACGUUUUGUCCUACGGGACAGGGCUGUCUCUCCAGCAAGGCCACCGCACAGAAAGGUGAUAUUCAGGUGGUCCUGCGUGAAAAGAGUUGUUCACUCCCAGCCAUGUGUGGGGUCACCGGACACAAGGUUGUAAUGGGUUUAAACUUCACCUAUACCACCGAGUGCUGCGAGUCAAACCUGUGUAACGGAGCUGCUGUCCCCAGGAGCGUCUUUUCCAUCAGCACCCUGCUCUGUCUUCUUCUUCCACUUGUAUUUUUCAUCUGA